AUGAAGUCGCCAAUUACCGUAGAGGAAGAGCUUCUGGAGAUCCAUAGGGAACUUUCAGAUUCAAGUUCCAGUGAUUUUGAAGAACGUUACGAACAACUUCGACAAGCUGCCAUUUUUGUAAGACAAAAUCGAAAGCACUUUGAGCUCUGGAAUGGCCAAGAGGGUAACUUGAUGAUGGUCGCCUGGAAGAAGGUGGAGAGCGCGACACGCGUACCAAUUGCUGUAGACUUCCUGGAUAGCUGUCGAAAGGGGCUCGCCGACACAGGCUCUACCUUCAGGAUUGAAUUUGUCGAAUCAGAAAAGCGCUCUCUCUUCUCAGAGGGUAUUACGACGAGAAAGAUCAAAGACAAAGCUCAUGAUAUGGCCAGAACCCUCAGUCGCGAAACUCGGCAAGUUUUGUGCCUAAACAAUUCCCUACUCCCACAAGCCAGAGGUAAUAUGAAGAGACCGAAAACCGUUCAUUGCGAAAUACAGUUGCUAGAACACUUGCUGGACACCUUGGGAGAACCAGUCCUCAAGGAGUUUUACGACUUCAUUGGCUGCAGCAAGGCGCCCUGUUGGCUAUGUGACUUUUUGGUCCGGCACGCAACAGGCUUCAAAAUGUCCGAGUCACACGCAGGCGUUUAUACUAAUUGGGCCCUUCCAACAAAGUUGGUAAAAAAGCCAGCUAUAAAAUCCGCUCUUAGAGCGAUUUAUUUAAAGAUGUCCGAGAUCAUGAAAACAGCUGAGUAG